UCGGAGAGGCUCCAUCACCAUCAUCAUCGUCCGGAGGUCCAGAUGUGGAGAAGUGCCGCUUAAAGAGCGCAGAAACGGGCCGCUCGCGCAGUGCGUGCGUGGAACAGGCGGGAUCGGACCUGGUUGGACUAGGGAUCGCGCCGGGAACCUCGCGGCGGGGCUCGUUCCUCGCGUUCUGGCGUGGAGCGACAGGAGCGUGUCCGCCCGGGACAUGUUCGGGCCGAACGGCCGUGUCCUGCUGCGCUAAGCUCGGUCGGUCGCUCGCUCGCUCGGUCGGUCGGUCGCUCGGGUCGCUCGGUCGGUGCGGCGGGUCCCGUUAGAGCGCUGCCCCCGGACACCAUGACGCGCUUCUGGACGCUCCUGGCCGCCGCGCUCCUCUGCUCGCCCCUGUGCGCCUCCUCCUACUUCGCGGGACCUCUGCACCCCGAGAUGUCCAACGGCACCUUCCACCACUACUUCGUCCCGGACGGCGAUUACGAGGAGAACGACGACCCCGAGAAGUGCCAGAUGCUCUUCAAGAUGACGGACAACAGAAAGUGCGUGCUGGACGAGGACCAGGACUCGGUGAUCCGCGACGACUUCACCAUCAUCAAGAGACACAUCGAGGACGCGGCGCGGGUGCUGGAGGGCGUCGGCAAGAGCAUCUCCUUCGACCUGGACGGGGAGGAGAGCUACGGGCGGUACCUGCGCCGCGAGACCGCGCAGAUCGGCGAGGCGUUCACGAGCUCGGAGCGGGCGCUGCUGGAGCUCGAGGUGAAGUUCAAGCAGAGCCAGGAGAACGAGCUGCGCGAGGAGCACCGCGUCGGCGACGACUUCCUCAACAUGAUCGUCCACACGAGGGACGUGCUGAAGGAGACGCUCGACAUCUCGCUGGGGCUGCGUGACAAGCACGAGCUGCUGUCGCUCAUCAUCCGCAGUCACGGCACGCGGCUGAGCCGCCUCAAGAACGAGUACAUGAAGGUGUAAAGGCUAGGGGUGUGUAACCGGAGGCGGCGUGUCGGCGUUCGAACGUGUACGAUCCUCAACUCCAAGGCAGCAUGAGUACAUGGAGGGGUAGCGGAGAGUGUAACAAUCAAAGCGUUCAGAUUCAAACGUACAACUGUAAACAUGUACAUCAGUGCAUCAAUAUUAUACUGAAUAUGCAGCAAAGUGCAACAACAGUGAGUGACCAGAUACACAAUAGAGCUGUAAACAUGAAUACAACAAAAGGUAACAAGUGCAAUCAGUGUGUCCAGAUCCGAACUUUAAUCACGAGUACAUCAGUGUAACAAACUUGUGUGUCCAUUUUCAAACACAGAACUGUGAACACGAGAACAAAGGCGUACAAAGUGCAACAAUGUGUCCAGAUUCGAGCUUUAAUCACGAGUACACCAAAGUGUAACAAAGUGUGUGUCCAUCAAACGCAGAACUGUGAACACGAGUACAUCAAAGGGGUACAAAGUGCAACAAUGUGUCCAGAUUCAAACGUAUACUAUAGGACUAACUUCAAUCAGAAGUACAUCAAAGUGUUUCACAAUGUGUUUCCAUAUUAAUUAAAACGUAGCACUGUGUAUUAAAACAUCAAAGGGUGGAAAGUGUUACAAUGUUUCCAGAUUCGAACGUAGUGAGAACUGUAAACGCGAGUACAUCGAAAUGCAACAAUGUGGCGUAACGUGUCCAGAUUCCAACCUGUACGGUACCUAAGUGAGUGCAUCAAAGUGGUAAACGUGGGUGUUUACCGUGUAUAAACACUAUAAGGAUGGUCCCCGCUACGUUUACUCGCAUUUUACGUUGCUACAGGGUAUAAACAGGGUGUAAAGAGCCCCCUGCAAACAGAUGAAAAACUGAAUAGGUCCGAGUGCUUUUCAGUCGCGUGAUUAUGACCAGCGGGUCCCCAUCAAGGAAGUUUUCCAUUAUUUCUUAAAAAAAAAAAAGAAAGAAAAAAAGUACCCCGCUUUAUUACGUUGCCUCGCGAGCAGUAGCGGGUUGUACCGCGGGGUUCAUCUGCACGCGCACGUCCGACGCGCGAGCCACGGACGGUAAAACAGAGGUACUGCGCUCACAACUCAGGCGAACAUCUGAAGUAAAACGUGUAACUUAUUAAGAAAGUGACGCAACAACUGAUGAUUGUGUAGCACCGAGUUUGUCUCUGAGACGGUUUCUGCUUCACUGAAUCAUUUCUCCAUAUUUUGUAGCAACACGUUUCUUAUUAUUGUCGCAGAUUUAAACAUGACGGUCCUCGAGUUACUGAAAAAAAAACGGCAUGCCAUGGUGUUCAAAUCGGUGUCAAACUUAAGUCACCUGUGUGUGAUUGUAUUUCUGGCAAACUCAUCUGAAAUAUUGUUAUAAGUACAGAUCUUUGGCAAUAAUCACUGUGUCGACAUGAUGGAACGGCAAAGGAGAAGUUGGGACAGUCUUUGGGUGAGAUGUUCAUGCGAUGUGUGAUAUUAUUUGUAUUUUCAAUGUUCCCUGUCAUUAUUUCUGCAGCUCAGUCACUUUUAAGUCACAGAUUCAAAUUUGUCCUGGUUUUAUUACAUCUACAGAAGAUCUGAUCUAACAUAGAUCUAAAUAUCAGUGUUGCAGUUUUAAAAGGAAUAUAUUAUAAUAUAUGUCCACACAUGGCAUAGGGCAUAGGCCAGGUACCAAGUUUUCAAAACUCUUAUAGUUUCUGUUUUUGGGAAUAUAUAAUGUUUGCUUAUUAUUGGAAUAAUUUAAUACUGUGAGUGUUCAUAUGUAUUUAAUGAAAGCAAUGGUGAUAUUGUAUAAUGUACAAUAAGUACAGUAUAUUCUUGUUUUUCUUUCACUUGCUUCUGGAACUUAAGUCAGUGGGCAUGAAGCCCCUCAUUCAGUAAAUUAAUAAAUAAACUGCAGGCAGGAAAAAUAAUUAAAUUCUAAUUUUUACAGUGUGUUAGUUACAUUCCUUCAUGGCUGCGUUUGGUUUUGUACGUAACUUUAAAGAAAGCUGGAUUAUUUCUACAUGGAGAGGCAAAUUAGAUUUCAUGCAACAUCCAGGACAGAGUUUUAAUUAUUAAAUAUAUUUAAAAAUGGAACGCUAUUGCUGGUAUCAGGUUGCAGGGCUAUGUUUAUAAUACUUUAUAUAUCUUAAUCUGCAGUAAUAAGCACCACUGUAGUGUUUGUAUAAAGUGUAGAAAUAUAUUUGAAGGGUAACAAUGAGCAGUUAGGAAAAUAAUAUGGAGAAAUACUCUUUAUCAAGAAUAAUAAUUGAAAAAAAUUAUUUUAGGGGUGGUGGAAAUUUAUGAUGUCAAAUGGCGAUCCAGCAAAGGUGUUUUUUUUAGAAAAGCUUGAAAUGAUAAAAUAUAUAUCUGUUUUUACUGAAUUUUAACAUAGGCAUUCCUGGGUAUGCCUUUACAUCAUAUCCUGGAAAGUAUUUUGAAAAAUAUGCUUUAUAUAUUUAAAACUCUCGUGUUUUGAAUUCCAUACCCUUACUUAACAUACUUUCCCAUAUUGUUCUGAUGAAAUAUCAGCUUGUGUACGUGGAUAAAACCUAACUUUUGCUAAGCAAAAUAAACUUAUUUUACACACUGAUGAG